CGCUGGGAAGCGAGGCCCGCGGCGGAGCGGGGAGACCCCGGAACUGGAAGUGGAAGGACCUUCUCACGAGAGCACUCCGGACCCAAUUAGGUGCUACCCAGUCUGGUUACCCUGGUAACAGGCGUCGCGGUUUGUCAAGAAACCGAGAGACUUAAGAGGCCUAUUCACCUCAAUCAUGGAGUCAUCCUCAAACGGUCUGCUUACCCAAGUUACUCAGUUCUGGAACCUACUAGAUGAUCUGGCUGAAAGUAACCCUGAGAGCUACAAGAACUUCAUUCAACAGCAGCUGAAAGAGGGCAAACAGCUUUGUGCUGCCCCAGAACCACAGCUCUGUCUACAAACAAGAAUCCUGAAACCUAAAGAAAAAACACUUUUUAUCAACCUAUGUCAAUGGAAAAGGAUUCCAGCUCCCCAAUCAAUCACUCAUCCAGUACCUCUGAGUGUUGGCAGACCAGAAGAUAUGUCUGAAACAUCAGAUGUUUACACGGUCAUCGAUGUUGCCUACAAUCCUGAUGUUCUCCAGGCAGCAGAAAAGGACCAAGUGAAAAAAGAUCAGUUAAUACAGAUGGCCAUGAAAUGCAUUGAGGAACAACUCCAGGUCACUCUCUCACACGUUUACCAUAUUACCAAAUUUAAAAUAAAAGGAAGCAUUCAAAGGAUGAAACAAAACCUGAUGGGAAUCCAAACUGGCCCCACAGAUUUAAAAGAGGAAAUGAGAAAAGAACUAACCCUUGAGCAGAUAAGAAGCAGUACUCUGAGCAAUUCAGAUCACUUCCCUCAACUUUUACUGCCAAAAGACCAAGUUUCAAGCAAAAAGGGGUGCCUGAUAGAAGAGAUUUCCAGUACAGAGAUCCAGGUGGAGAUGAAGACACCAGCCUAUGAAUUAAAAAUUGUGGCAGAUCAGAAUGAGAAACCACUGAAAAUUGAAUUAAAAGUUGAAUUACCUGGUAUUAAUUCAGUAUCUCUCUGUGACCUUAGUGUUUCUGAGAAUGAUUUAUUGAUUGAGGUCUCUGAGAAGUACAGAUUGCAUCUGAAUCUUCCAGAAUCUGUGGAUACUGAAAUGACUACAGCAAAAUUUAUCAAAGAGAAAGCUACAUUGAUCAUCACAAUGCCAUUGGUGUAAGUCAAGAGCAUUAUUUGUUUUGGGUUUUCAGUGCUAAAGUGAUGUGAAUUAUAGGACCUUCAUUAUGGGUGAAUCUUAAACACUAGUUUCCCGUUUUCUAAGAGUUCCUUUUAAUGGAAUGAGGUUUUCUCAACUGUUCUU